CCCAACGCUAAAAACAAUCGCAAUAAAGUGAGAGAAUUCACAUGGAAAUACGCGUCCAUUUCGCAUUGCUAGUGGGCAUCUGUUUGGGCGCGGCCCAGCCAGUGGAGGAGGCUGUGAACAUUGAAAUCGCCGAUCUGAGUCAUCUUUGUACUGGGCGUACUGAAGACAACUUGGUACCGCAUCCUUACGAUUGCAAUGCAUAUUUUGCCUGCUCGACGGUGCCUGAACUUUUUUACUGCGACCAAGGAUUGAUAUUCGACGCCAAUCGAUUGGAGUGCGAUGUGCCCGAGCGUGCUCUUUGCAAUGCCAAGGAGGCACAGCAGUUGAGCACGAGCAGCCCGAACAGUGGUUAUCUAGAUGGUGGCAAACAAUCGCAGAUGGAUGUCAAUUGGUGGGAGCACAAGCCACAUCCCAUCUUUGUGGCCGUCGAUGUGGCCACUGGCCUGGCGGUUAGUCCCAUGGACAAAUACGAUCCGAAGCAUGUGGAGUGUCGUCACUUUGGUGCCUACUUCUUGCCACAUCCCAGCAAUUGCCAGAUGUACUUCAUUUGCGCCUACGGCCAUUUGCAUCGCCAUCAGUGUGGCUUAGGCACGCUGUGGAACUACAAGAGCUCCGAGUGUCAGCUGAGCGCGAGUGCUGAGUGCUAUGGCCACAACAGCUUGCAGCCGGGCAAGCAAACCGAGGUGACAACGAGCACAACGCCUGGCCAGGUGACUGUCUGCUAUAUUGUGAGCACCAGCACCAGCUUGUCGGGUAGCAACAGCAGUAGCAACAACAGCAGCAGCAUCAACUUCCCUAACAUCUUCUCAAGCAGCAGCAGCAGCAGCUUGCCCAGCAGCAGCAGCGAGUCAACCACAACUACCGUGACUGCUCCAUCGCCUCCGCGUGCCCCACAGAACGCUCUUACCUGCCCAUCGGAGCGUCAGAGUUAUCUGCCUCAUGCAGGCGACUGCAGCAAGUAUUAUAUUUGCAUUGCCGGCAUGCCAGUGUUGACCUCCUGCCCCAAGGGUCUGUUCUGGGAUCAGAAGUCAGGCUACUGCGACCAAGCCAAAAAUGUCAAGUGCUUUCAGAAUGAGUAAAUAAAUGGGUGUUUACUGAAUUUAACAUAAC